AUGGAUGCCUACGUGGAAGAUGCCAAGGCCGCCGCUCGCCGCAAGGACCCAGAAGACUAUAGCAUCUCGCGCAUGAUGCAGAACCUGGCUUUAUCCUCUAGCCAGGGCCCCGAACACACCGAAGUCGACGGCUCCAAGCUUCGAGUAAAAAAAGGCGGCCAGGCAGUGCCUCUGUCCUCCACACUCGAGAUCAAGACGCGCGCCUUCAGAAACCGGCUCAGCUUCGACGCGGUGGCGCCGCAGCUCUGGGUCUCCCAGACGCCGAAUCUGGUGCGUGCGUACCACAGCCGGGGCAGAUUCCAGAUGCCGAGGGUUGAGGAUGUCGCUGCGCAGAUUCAGCGGUGGGAGGCCGGUCAGCAGUCUAGCUUGAGGAAGCUCGGGUGGCUGCUGAAGAGGAUCACGGCGCUAGCCAGGGAGUGCGGUGGCAAAGCUACAGUCAAGUAUGAUGUGGAAGGGGACAAGUUGGUGAUUGUGCGGGACGAGGGGCAGAAGAUGCUGCCGGAAGACUUGUAUGCGAAGUGGCAAGUUGGAGACCACGGGGCAGAGGCCGCUCUUGGCGAUACUGCAGCGGGAGAUGCAGAUGCUGCAACGCCGGUGAAGGAGGCAGGGGCAAAGAAUGAGGACAACAACGCUGCUGUCAAACUCAAGGAGACAGAGAAUGGCAAAGAGACCCCGAAGAGCGCUGCCAAAUCGGCGGCCUAA